AUGGCGGCGGAAGCGGAGAGCGUGCGCCUGGAGGAGAUUGUGAGGAGGGGGAUCGCAUUUUUCCCUUUCUUCUUCGACGUGGUUGGCACGGACGACGCGGCGUCGGAGCUGGAGCGGCUCGUGAUCUUCAAUCCGCUCAGCCGGAGGGUGGUCGUCCUCCAGAGCGAUCCAGGGAUCAUACACAGCCUGAUGUCUUCCGAUCCGGAGGCUGGCGGGCCGCCGCCGGCCUCCGAGGCGUCGAUCGAGGCCCUUAGGGUUGUGGACCCGGUGGAGAUUGGUGCCGAGGAGGAAUGCCCCGUGUGCUUGGAAUGGAUGCGGGGACACGAGGCUGCGUACGAGGAGGAGGUGGUGAGGGAGAUGCCGUGCGGGCAUCGUUUCCACGGCCGGUGCAUCGAGAAGUGGCUGGGGAUGCGGGGAUCGUGCCCGCUGUGCAGGUAUCAGAUGCCAGCGGCGGAAGAGGAGCCGAAGAAGGUUGGAGGAGAAGAGAGCACGAGGAGUAGAGAGGUGUUCGUGACCAUAACUUUUGGGAGAAUGGAAGGAGAAGAAGUUAGUCAACAGCAGCAACAAGAGGAAGGACAGAGGGAAGCCCAAUGA